AUGCUUCGAUCAAAGAUAUUAUCUCGAAACCUCUUUUCAAAUAUCUUGCAAUAUAAAAUCGAUAUAGUUUUUCCUCCAGUUUCUGUUUAUGUUAACAAUCUCGAUAAUGUACAGAAAAGGUUUGCAGGGCAUAAUAAAUGGAGCAAAGUCAAAUAUGUAAAGGGUCCUAAAGACCUUGAACGCGGAAUUUUAUUUACCAAACUCUCAAAAGAAAUUCAACUUGCAAUAAAACUGGGAGGUCCUGAUCCCGCGUUAAACGUUCGCUUAGCUGCUGCACUAGUCAGUGCCAAAAGAGCACACAUGCCUAAGGAUAAUGUGGAAAAUUCAAUUAAAAAGGCAUUAGGUCAGGGAAAAGCUGAAAAUAUCGAGAACAUAACUUAUGAAGGAUACGGACCCGGUGGAGUCGCGUUUAUAAUAGAAACUGUGACAGACAAUAAAAAUAGAACUGUUAAGGACAUCAAACAUUAUUUCGCUAAAGCUGGAGGAUCAAUGUCAACUGUGUCUUGGAUGUUUGAUAAAAAAGGUACAAUUCAAUUCAAUCCGGGUUCAACGCAAGACACAAUUGACAAGAUGAUGGAUAAUGCUAUAGAAGUUAACGGGGUUGAGGAUAUUCAGGAAUUAGAGGAUAAUUCACUAGAGCAUUGUUCUCCACAGAUCACGUGUCCACAGUCAUCCGUUAAUGCGAUAUACGAGGAAUUAACGAAAAAACAUAAUUAUGAAGUUAUUAGGACGAGUAGUGGAUAUAUCCCCACAUCAACCGUUAAAAUAGAUGAAGACGAUAAAGAAUUAGUGGAAAAGUUUACCAGAUUUAUGAACAAUCUAAAUGAUCAUGAAGAUAUUGUUAAAGUACAUAAUAAUGCUGAAUAA